GAUCCCCAAACAAAACAUCUGCAGAACGAAAAGGAUUGCGUGCAGAGAAGGCUGGAAAAUUUUUUAGCGUUCCGCACCGGCAUCUUCUGUAAGCGUUGUUUGUAUUGUAGCUGCGUCUUUCAAAUUUGUGGCCACGAGUGGCUGUACAAAUUUACUUUGCCUUGAGCAAACACCGGCGACCUCAAGACAACAUGCCGGAGCUGGAAGUGGCAGAGCCUGUGGAGGCUGCUGCUCCUCCAUGUGAUGUAGGCUAUGUGGGCUCCGAUCCAACACAACCUGUCCAAAGAAAAGGAAUUUUAACUUCUCUUACUGGCAAGUCUAUGGAAAUUCCUGAAAAAGAUCUGCUGGGACGCUGCAGAUUUGUGACAGAAUUUGAAAAACUCAAUCGCAUUGGAGAAGGAACCUAUGGCAUUGUUUAUCGUGCCAGAGAUACAGUUAAUGACAGAGUCGUUGCUUUAAAAAAAGUGCGGAUGGAAAACGAAAAGGAUGGGCUACCUGUCAGUGGUGUCAGGGAAAUUUCUGUUUUGUUGGCGUGCCAGCAUGAAAAUGUUGUACGAUUGAAGGAAGUGGUUGUAGGAAAGAGUCUUGAAAGCAUUUUUCUGGUAAUGGAAUACUGUGAACAAGACCUUGCUAGUCUCUUGGAUCACAUGCAAACUCCCUUCUCUGAAUCACAAGUCAAAUGUAUAAUGAUGCAAGUAUUCCGAGGCUUGCAAUAUCUACACAAUAACUUCAUUGUUCAUCGUGACCUCAAAGUGUCUAACCUUCUAAUGACUGAUAAGGGUUGCGUUAAAAUUGCUGACUUUGGUUUGGCCAGGUGGUACAGUGUUCCCCAUGGGGAGAUGACUCAGAAAGUUGUUACACUCUGGUAUCGAGCCCCAGAAAUUCUACUUCAAGCAUCCCACCAAACAACAGCAGUUGAUAUAUGGGCAGCAGGAUGCAUCACUGGUGAACUCUUAGGUCACAGGCCAUUGCUUCCUGGACGCUCAGAAAUUGGGCAGCUAGAACUGAUUGUGGAUCUUCUUGGUACACCUUCUGACACCAUUUGGCCCGAGUUUUCAUCCUUGCCUGCUGUCCAAAAUUUCACUCUUCGGCAGCAGCCCUACAACAAUUUGAAACAGAGAUUCCCCUGGUUGUCAUCCAGUGGGCUCCGUCUGUUGAACUUCUUACUCAUGUAUGACCCUAAAAAGAGAGCGACAGCAGAAGAGUGUUUGGAAAGCUCCUACUUCAAAGAAGCUCCUCUUCCUUGUGAAGCCAAAAUGAUGCCAACAUUCCCUCAGCACCGCAAUCUGAAGCAUAAGGCCCUACCACCUAACUCAAAUGAAGAACCUGCUUCAUCUCUGACUAAUAAUUUGCCUAUCUCUGAUCUUCUGGGGUCUUUGGUCAAGAAAAGAAGAGUCGAAUGAUAUUCACUUCCGGCAGCUUUCCCUGAGAGGAGCCCUGCAGCUGACAACAAAGGGAAGGCUUUGCCGACUGCCUUUAAAGUCAGUCAGAGGAAUUUGGUACUUCGAUUCAUGCAGAGAGAUAUAGAAGAGGGUGAAAUUGUCAGUGAUAAAGAAGACUGUGAAAUAAGCAGUAGUGAUGAGGUAAUAACAAUAUAACCCUUGACUGUGUUUUACCUAUAUCCUUUUGUGUGCUGCCUUUGGGGCUUCAUUAUCUCAAGUUAAAAUUAAGUUACAUUUCUAUAGUAAUGUAAUAAGGAAAGAUUUAAAAAAUAUAUCCCAGACAGUUCUCAAAAUUAUGUUCACACUUACACAUAUUACAUAUUUAAAAUACUUGUAAAGAAAUUAUUGUAAUCUUUCUAUUGGUAAAUCACCUUGAUUAUGUACCAAAUGGCUGUAAUUUGCUGAGCUGCAAUUCAGUUUAAAUCAAUGUCAUGAUUUUAAUGUGAAGAACUAGUAAUUCAAACAUUGCAUAUAGCUACGUUAUGUUAAAUGUGUACUGCUGCGUACGUUUGUGUUUACAUUUUCCUCGUGUCUUACAAUUAGGAAGUUUUCAUGUCGGUAUGAUAUGGGUUCAGCUCUCAAGUAACUGCCAAUUUCUUUGCUUGACUAGGACCUCUUAUUAUUAGUUCAUAGUAGUUUUAUAAUCAUGACAAAUAAAUUUGAACGUCUA